UACGUGCGAGCAUUUAGAGUUCGAUAGUAUGUCUCCCAGGUACACUCGAGUCCAUCAGAUAGGGUUCGUAUCCGGGGCUCCAAUUGAGCCCCUUCGAGCGAUGCGGCUGCUCGAGCAUGGCAUGAGACGAGAAGUUGGUGUUCCAUACACGUCCAUUAUCCCUCAUUCGAAAGGUCACCUUGCGACGAUAGGUCCCUGUAUGUGAUCAGAGAUAGAAGAGACCGCGAGCUCCUGUAUUCCAGAAUAUAGCCAAAUAGAC